CCGCCAGCCACUCUGCGCGGCUGAUGUGGUUGCAUUUGCCAAGCUCAGUCAGCGACAGCCCGUUCUGACAGAUGCUAAUAAGCGUAAGGAUCGUCCCGGACAUGCCCUCACUAACCCGCCCCCGCGAGCAGAAACACCCUGUCGCCACCGGACUAGUUAUGAGCCGAUUUUCAGACAUGCCCCGGACGCCCCGAAAGUGGACUGCCCAGGAGGAUGAAGAACUGCGUCUCGAGGUCUUGUCCCAGCUAGCUGAGGGAGAGGUCAAGGACUGGUGUAAAAUAGCCACGAGGCUGCCUGGAAGAAACAACAAAGACUGCAGGAAAAGAUGGCACAAUGCCGUAGCUGGAGGCUUGAGAAAAGGACAGUGGGCCAGAGCUGAAGACACCCUCUUGAAAAACGCCGUUGCAAGAUUCGGACAAAAAUGGACGCAGGUUGCAGAUCUCGUCGGUACACGUUCAGCAGAUCAGUGCGCGAAAAGAUGGCAACAAUCUCUGGAUCCCGAGCUCGACCGCAGCGAAUGGAGUUCUGAAGAGAACCGCAUCCUGCUAGAAGCCGUCCGGACAGUUGGACGCCAUUGGACCACGAUCCAAAAGACGCAUUUCCCGUCAAGGUCCAAGAACGGGAUCAAGAAUCGCUACACUGUCUUGACCCGAAGAGGGAAAUGUAGAGAUUCCGUAGACUCCAAUACGCAAACCGCCAACGAGGGAACGCUGCAAUCAGUGUCGCCAAAAGAUGAGAAUGAGUCAGAAAUGGGGAGUGAAUACGGAAACGUGGUGGACGGGUCGCAUGUGAAGAUGCCGUGGCAAGCUCCGACCUCCGUCCCGAUGGACUGGAAUUUUCAAAGUCCUUCUACAUCGUACACAACAGUAUCCGGCUACCGCACGCCACGAACCCCUAGCAUGGAUCCAAGUUUUGCUUUGUGUCCGGACAUGGAUCCUGGGAUUUGGGGUGGUGGUAGUAGCCGGCCACAAGAGAUACUGGGUGGUAAUUUCUCAGCAUGGGCAUGGGACAUGAAUUUUCCAUCCAUGGCUGGUGGCAUCCCAGAUCUUACGUCUUUGGAACAAUUUCCCCAGAACAGUCCAAGGAACCAGGGGAGCUCGUUCGGAACGGUCCAGAUGCCCGGUCAAGAUUUAAUUACAGGACAGUUGCUGGGAAAUACGCCGGGGCACCUCGCUACUGCGCACGCAAGCAUUUCGUCCCCCAAGGACAAGCUUUCGGCAGAAGCUCCGCGGCAGGACGCAUGGGAUUUGAACUCGGUGUCAGGAAUGGGAGACCUAGUGGAUGAAGAAGCAGUGCGAGUGACUUUCACUCUCAACAAGCCCACCGUCAAGACGAUGAAUUCUCUCAUGAGAAUAGCGAUGGAGAACAAAGCGGGUCUUCAUCUGCAGCGAGAUUAGUAGAAUUUGCUUGUUCCGCAGUGUCGACGCAUGUAAUUCUACCACUCCUUGAUAGAAAAGAAUCGAGAUACCUCUUAGUACGU